UCACAAUUUCAGUUAACUUGGCCGCAACUGUCACUGAAAUGGGUCUAAAGCGAUUACACUAAUACUAAAUUUACCGUGCUCGCAGUCGCUUUUAGAGGAGACACUGCCAAAGACCAGACCAGAUCAGGCCUAGUCCAAUCUCUCAUUUCUCGAGAUCUACAAGAUGCUGAUGAUGGAUGCCCUGUUCAACAGUCUGCUGGUGGUUAGCUCCGGCUAUGCCAUGUACACACUGCAUCCCUUGGAGACGCCCUAUGGCUAUGCAGUGGCUACCCUGAGCUUGGCCCACGGCCUGAUUGGGGUGGUGCGAGCAUCCCAGAACGAUGGCGAGGAGGAUGAGUGCAACCGCAUCCGGCUGAUCACCAAUGGAAUGAUGGAGAUUGUGCCGCUGCCACUGACCAAUAUCGAGCUAUAUUUGCGCUCACCCAACCCGAGUCUGGCCCUGCCCCACAUGUGCUUUGUGGUGCCGCUGGUCUAUGAUAUGGUGGCCAAGAUGCGGGACAACGAGGAUCAUGCCACCGAGACGCUCAAGGAGCUGACCCUGCUGGGCAAUGCGGUCUCCCUGCUGUUUUUGGGCAUUAACCAGGCCAACCGGCUGUAUGGUGACCUGGCGGUCAUAGCCUUCCUGGGUCGCUAUGGUUCCUCGGUCCUGGACUACUACUGGGAGGGCCUGGGCUCUGACUUUAACCUGCUGGCCCAUUCGCUGUACAUCAUUCUGAUGACCAUUACCCUGUCGGCCAAGUGAGCAACAAGUGAAAUAACAAAAUAAAUACUUGGUAA